AUGAAUAAAAAUGUAAAUGAAAUAAAUAAAAGAAUAAUAAAAAAAAUUAUGAUUGUUAAUUUUGAUGAUAUUAAUGGAUAUUCACUGAAAAAUAUUUAUCCAAAUUUUCAUAAUUUAAAUUAUUUUUUUUCUUUCAAAUGUUUAAAAAACUAUAAUAUCACUAGACUAGUUUACUUGAAUAAGGUUAAGAAAAAAAGAAAAAAGAAUAAAUGUAAGAAAUAUUUUAGUUCAUCAUUCUCUUAUGAUAUAUAUGAAAAAAAAAAAGAAAAAGUAUCAAAUAAGAUAAAUGAUAAUAUUUAUGAUUUUUGCAAUAAACAAAAUUUAAUAAGUGAUUGUGAAUUAUUAUAUAAUGAAAAUAAUCUAAAUAUAGAUUUUAAUUUUUCAAACUCAAAGAAUUCAAGCAAGACAGAUAAUUUAAAAAAUUCAAGUAUUAUUACAAGUUCAUUUAAUUCAAAUAAUCCUAAAGUUUCUAGUGAUUCAAAUAAAAUCUAUACAAAAAAGAGCUACAAAAUUUUCCCUUUUUAUAAAAAAAAAUUAACAAAUAACUAUUUAGAUAAUUCUUUGAAGAAAUUUGGCAAUAAAAAUGCAAGUGAAAAAAUUUUUGAAAAAAAAGAAAAUGAGUUUGCAAAACAAAGUUCUAAUACAUUCAUUGAUUUGAAAAAAUCGACAAAAUAUAAAAAAGAAAUUAUAUACUGUAGUUCGAAUUUAAGUGAGGAUAAAUGUAGUAUGCCAAAAAAUUCGUUAUGUUUUUCAGAAAAAUCAAAAUGUGAAACUUUCAACAAGGGUUAUGCUGAUUUAUUAUCAGGUGAGAAUACCCGUUCUAAUGGUAAUAAGUUUAUAAAGAUGGAUGAGUAUUCAAAAUACGAAAUGAAAAUAAUUAUGAUGUAUUCUAUUCCAUAUAUAAAAAAGAAAAAGUUAAUUAAAUUUAAUGAUAAAAAUACGAAAGAAUUAAAAAACGAAAGUAUAAUUAUAACAACCGAAUUAUUAAAUAUUGAAUUUUUUAAAAAAGUUAUAAAAUUUUUUAGCACUGCUUACUUUGACAUUGGCUUCAAUAUAUUAAUAAAUUUUUAUGAAAGCAUGAAGAAAUGUAGUAGUACAAAAGAAAUAUUAGAAAUAAAAUUAAAUUAUAAAAAUCAUAAUUUUUAUGAGAACAUUGAAAUUAAAUCUAUUAAUUCCAAUUAUAAUCAUAAUAUAUAUUCAAAAAAUAAGAAAUAUCAAGAAAAUAUUUUUGAAAUUAAAUCUUUGAAUAAUGAAAAAAAAGACAAAUAUAUUAACAUAAUAAGGACAAAUACAAAAUUAAAUAUAGAAAAUUAUUAUGAUCAUAAUUUUAAUUCUUUCAAAAAUACAAAUAUUUAUAAAAAUUUAUUUUAUUUUAAGGAGUAUUUAUUAAUUUUUUUUGAAAUGAUUUUACUUGGGUAUCCUAUUUGUGUACUAUCUAAGAAUAUUCAAAGUUAA